AUGGUCGACCUGUGUCUCAGCUUCAUUUGCGCUGUACUCGCAACUUUGCUUUGUGCUGCAUGGAUGACUUCACGGCCCCAGUCGGCUGAUGUAGCCAAACCUUUUCGUGGUGAAGGCGGCUCUUUCGGCAUGGAGGAGGUUCAUGUCCGCAAAGCCGAUCUAGAGCAGUGGAAACAGAAGUACCUGGAGGCUAUACAGGCCAACGACGCCCCAGAGGUUCACCGGAUUCUUCGCACCGGCAGACUAGAUGUUGAUACAGUACUUGAGGUGGAGGACCCUGGUAUGGUCCUGGCCUCAUACAAACAAGGAUAUUGGUUGCCGGACUACAAACUGGAGAAGUCCUGGGCCAUGGGGCUCCAUCUGUGCGUGGUGUACAACGCUCUGGACGCGGCGAUGGUGCUCCUGGAGAACGGAGCGGCCACCAACAAAAUGCCAAACGGGAAAACCCCGCUGCACGUCGCCUGUCAAACUGCCAACAGCGACUUUGUGACCCUGCUUCUGGCCUCCUGGUCAAAAAUAAACAUCCUAUCGUUGAGUGGACACACACCUCUGCACCACUGCGCCACCAAAGAGUCAAUAGACUGCGCCCGACUGCUCCUAUGCAAAGGUGCUGAUGUCAAUAAAGCUGACAACACUAGUGACCAGAACACACCACUGCACCGGGCGGCUCAGUGUGGACUGCCUCAGCUGGUGACUCUGUAUCUGCAACACGGAGCUUCAGUUGAUGCCCUCAACUCAGCCCAGGAGACGCCACUGAUGAAAGCAGCUUUCUCAUCUUUGGACGCUAAAGCUCAGGUCUACAGUCCAGAGCACCAGCUGGUCUGCAGAAUUCUGCUGGACUGGGGAGCAGACCCAAACGUCCAGGAUGAAACUCAUAAAACGGCCCUACACAGAGCCGCCUGGAACUUGGACCAGGUGGUGAUGCAAAUGCUGCUGGAAGCCGGAUCAGACACUCGAGCCAUGGACGCCGACGCCUGCGCUCCUCUGCAGUACCUUCUCAAAGUCACCGACAGGGAACUAGUGCCUGAACCGGAGCUCUGCUUCAUGCUUCUGCUCAACUACAACGCAGCGAGGAUCUACCCGCCGCAGUUUCACAUGGUCUUGUAUCACUGCCAUAGAUUCCCCAAAGUGAUAGAAACCCUGGUGAACUCCUAUCCGCUUCUGCUGCCCACGAAGCGCUGGAGACCUGCAGUUCCUGACGACAGCUACCAGCGACACAGAGCGUUCUAUGACUCCAUGUUUGCUGUCUGCUCGAAAAGGCCUCGCAGCUUGCAGCACCUGGCCAGAUGUGCCAUCAGAGCCAGCUUAGGAGGCUUCUGCCAAAAUAGCGUCCCGCAGCUUCCUCUGCCGUCCGCCAUGAAGAGAUAUGUGUUGCUCUAUCCUGAAGGUAUUCUGUGCUGAUCGCUAUUUAAUUUUUUUAGCAGAUUUUUAAACAUAAAAAGAGCUCAAAUAAAAGCUUUGAUAAGAAUGUGUGAAAAGAAACACUCAUCUUGCUGUUUUAAACUGGAAACUUAUG